AUGACGUUUUCUUCGUUGUCGCAGAUGGAUAAACAUUCCCUCGGAGGUGCGCCGCCGCCGCCGCCCGUGUGUCCCGUGUGUCAUCGAGAGUUCUCGCGGCGGGAUCACGUCGCGCGCCAUUUGCGCACGGUCCACCUGCGGACGGUGCGAUACGCGUGCAACUGGUGCGCCGUUGCGUUUUCCCGUCGGGACGCUCUCGUGCGGCACAACGCGGAGACGCACGGAUCGUGUCGAGCUUCGCACCCGUCACCGUCGCAGUCACCGUCACAGUCACCGCCGCAGUCACCGCCACAGUCGCCAGGGGAUCCAGAGAAUAAUAGCGACGAGGACGACAGCGUCGAUAAUGUCCCGACGACAGAACUAAUCGUCGGAUUACUGGAAGAUCCUGAGGAGUCUGGUAGUAGUGCUGACGUGACGCGCAGAGAUGAUACGACAGAAGUCAGGCCGAUAACACAACACAAAGAAACAAAGCUCUCUUGCUGUCACUGUGGGAAAACGUACACAAGGAAGUCUAAACUGCGGCGUCAUCUGGACUACAAGUGUCCUUUGCUGGUACAGAGGACCCAACACACAUUACCUCUACUUCAACAACCAGACCGAAGACUUCCAACUUCCACGUUACCAUCAACUACCGUCACUGACACCCCUUUGGCACCAGCCGAUAAAGUGGAAACCACUAGCAGCCUACGGACGAUUCGAUUGAAGAAGCUGAUUAAUACUGUAAAGACCAAAAAUAUAACAGAUGUAGCCCAAGAAACGGAGUUACCGACAGAACCAAACGUACAACACAACGUAGAUAAACAAUUACAGGAUCAAAAAAAGGAUGGGGACGAAACUGAAGAUUCACCUGUUGUGAAAAACGAAGUACGGGAAGAUGAGACUGAGACUGAAACAGUGAUCAAGGCAGAGGAAGACAACAGUAUCAAUCAGGAGUCCUGUUUGGAAAACGAAAUCGAUUUUCCUUGCCCUACAAGUACAGAAACCUUCCAGGCAGCCCAGGAGCAACCACAACAGCAACCACAACAGCAACCACAACAACAACCACAACAACAACCACAACAGCAAACUACUUCUGGAUGUAAUCAGCUAGGAUUACUACAGAUUGACUUCACAAGUAGGAGCACCCAGAGACGAGAGCCUCCAGAAUUUUCCGAUUUUUCACCCUUGAAACGGCUUAAACCUACACCUCCGCCGUCCUACAGCUCUGUGGAAUUCGCCAACAUGGGGGAUUCGGAGUGUGAACUUCUGGGCAAAAUGGUUGCGGCUAAGAUGCGCAGUAUGGACAACAUCCAAAGGUUACACGCAGACAAACUGAUCAACGAUGUUCUGUACAAGGGAAUGCUGGGAAAUCUCACAGAGACAUGUUAUAUAGGCGAAUACUACAGCCAUAACAACUUUAAUAAAUAAUUAAAGAUUAUUGAAAAUUUCAAAUUAUUUUCAAAGUUUAUUAAAAUUUUUCUUAUGAUGACCUUUUUUCAUUGUGACGCAUAAUGUGUGAUGUGUUUUUAUUGUUGAACUGAUUUUUGUGAUGUUUUUAAAGUGGAAAAGCUAGGCCUAAUAUUUUGUGAAAACUCACCGUUUUGCUCGUAGAUUCUUUUGACCCACCAAUGUUUACCAAAUACGAGUAUAUAAAGACAUUUUGAUUUAUUUCUGUUAUUUUAGAUUUAAGAGUUUUGUUUCUAAGCAUUUUGUAAAAAUCAUCUUAAUGUACAUAGAACUGUUCAGUAUUAUAUGAGAUGUAAAAUAUAAUUUUAU